AAUCCAGCCCACUUCAGAAGGUGUGGCUUUGAAUGAUUUAAAUAAGUCAGACACACCACUGUCAACUUUAAAAUCUGCCUGAGCAUAUUUGAGGAAUAAAGAUCACAACAAUUCAUUAUUUUUUUGUGGGAUAUAAAUUGCUUAAUAUAAUGUACAAUGAGGAAGUGGAAUAUAUGGACACUUCAGAGGUCCCAUGGGUCAUCGAACCGGGCACUCAGUGGUUUUGGUAUUACCUGGCAGACUGUGGAAGGUGGCAUCGCUUUGAGGAUGAUCCUCAUAACAGUUUCUCCAGUGAGGAUGUUGAAAGGUAUUACCAAAGGAACAAAAGUGCAAGUGUACUGACUCAUUCAUCCAACUGCCACAUAAAGACUGAUUUCUCUGCAAUGCUGCAGACUGAUGUCACCACUGGAAGACUGAGAAGAAUCCAGCGGAGCACCAAAAUUGAAAGGAGCUGCUUGUGUUUCAUUGCUGCUCCGGUUUUCUGGGAUGCAGUUGACCACACCCGUCCAUACCAGUUAAUCACUCUGAAUGAACGCAACCCGGAGUAUCACACUGUGGCAAGUUAUGUGAAGAAAGAUGGAUUGCUGGACAGAUCCAUUCUAUCAAUUUUCAGGAUACAAAAUAUGGACCUCUGGGAAUUAUUUUGCAGGAAAAAGCAGCAGUUAAUGAGGAUUCAUGGAGUCAAAGAUAUACAAGAAAAACGGCUCUUUCAUGGGACCAAUAUAACAAAUGUUGACACCAUUUGCAAAUACAACUUUGAUUUACGGUUAGCUGGACAACAUGGCAGCGUGUUUGGCAAAGGGAUAUAUUUUGCCAUACAUGCUUCAUACGCAGACAAAUACAGUCAGAGCAGUACAGAUCCAUUGCCGGUGGAUGGCUGGAACGCACACAACAGACGCACUAAAAUCAUGUUUUUGGCUCGGGUGAUAGUCGGAACAUCAACUGUUGGCGGAGAAGAUUUCAGAAAACCUGAUCAUGAAUCUCCUGAAAACACUCAUGACAGCUGUGUGAAUGACAUCGAUAAUCCUAGCAUUUUUGUUAUUUUUGAUCCAAAUCAAAUCUAUCCUGAGUAUCUGAUCCACUAUAAAUGAACUCAGCAUGAGUAGCAGAUUUCUAUUAAUGCAGAAACAAAAAUGCUUUGCAAAUAAAGUUUUUGU